UGCUAUUGUUGGAAGAUGGCUGUAACGGCGAGCGGUCGCCUGCUGGCGCUGCUGGGCCCGGUCCGCGGUCCGGCGAGGCGGGCUUUCGCCAGCGGCGCCCACAGUGCGGAGGGCGCAGGCCGCGUGUGGAAGUCGCUGACCUUAUUCGUCGCGCUCCCCGGGGUGGCCGUCAGCAUGCUGCACGCGUACCUGAAGUCGCAGGAGCACCACGAGCGGCCCUCCUUCGUCCCCUACCCCCACCUCCGCAUCCGGACCAAGCCCUUCCCAUGGGGAGAUGGAAACCAUACUCUAUUUCAUAACCAUCACCUCAAUCCUCUCCCAACUGGGUAUGAGGAUGAAUAAAGAAAACUCGGACCAUACUAAUCAAGCACCAGGGGACCACAGCAGCUGUUGGACCAUCCUUUUCUCUCUAUAUGGAUCAGAAAAUUACAUGGGACCUUAAGUUAACUUGCAUCACACAGUGACAAAUAUGCUGACCUUUUUCAUUUUGCUUGUGAUUGGGACAGCUUAAAUAAAUAAUUCUAUGAUGAA